UCCGGUAGCCCAGUGGUACCGGUACCCGGGGGUCCCCAGUGCUGCUCGGUGUUUCCUUAACGCGGCUCAAGGGUCCCCAGUGCUUCCCGGCGUGUCCCCAAUGUUGCUCAGGGGUCCCCGGGCCUGCCCAGUGCUGUCCGAGGGGGCUCCCAAUGUUGCUCCGGGGUCCCUAAUCUUGCACGAGGUCUCUAAUGUUGCUGGAGUGUCCCCAGUGCUAUCCGGGGGUCCCUAACGCUAUCAAGGUGUCCCCAGUGCUGCUUGGGGGCAUCCCCAGUGGUCCUUGGGGAUCUCCAAUGCUGCUGGGGUGUCCCAAUGCUGCUCGCUGGUCCCCAAUCCUGCCAGGCUGUCCCCCGGGCUCUUCGGUGGUCCCCAAUUUUACUACGAGUGCCCCAAAAGAUACCCGAGGGUCCCCAGUGCCGUCUGGGGGUGUCCCAGUCUUUCUCGGAGGUGUCCUCAGUGCUGCUCGGGUGUCCCCUCUGCUGUUUGGGUUGUCCCCAAUGUCGCUUCAAGGAUCUCUGGUGCUGCUGUAUUGUCCCCAGGGCUGCCGGGUGUCCCUGUUUUUGUCCCCUCUCCCUGACCUGCUCUUGUCCCCAGGUCGCCAUGCCCGUGGAGCCCUUGGUCUGUGCCGACACGGCCACGCGGGUGAGCUCCGUGCUGAACCGGGAUGUGAAGCAGUUUGGGAAGCAGCAUAUGUUCGACGGGAGCGAGGAGACCUGCUGGAACUCAGACCAGGGCACGUGCCAGUGGGUCACCCUGGAUUUCCCCCGCCCUGUCAAGGUCUCCCAGCUCCACAUCCAGUUCCAGGGCGGAUUCUCCAGCAGGUUGUGCACCUUGGAAGGCUGCAGAGCAGGGGAGGAACUGGUGAAAAGAUCCACCCUGUACCCCCAGGAUGUCCAUGCCAUGCAGACAGAUUCCAGGUGGAGGAGAUGGUGCUGGAUAAGCUGAAGAUCACCUUUGAGGACAGCAUGGACUUUUUUGGGAGGAUUGUGGUCUACCACCUUGGGGUGCUGGGCGAGAGGCUCUAAGGCAGCAGCAAGGGACAGCAUGGGAGGGGGAGGGGAAGGGGACAGCAAACGAUGCCACAGGGGACACGCAGCCUCCCAGCUGCACCCCAGGGUGCUGAGAGGGACCCCUGGAUGGCAGGGAGAGAGGGACAGCGAUGCAGGGGCUUUGGGGGGACACAAAGAUGGGACUGGGUGAAUACAUGAUGUCCCAGCUGCAACGUGUUGGGGACCAGCUGGGGCUGUGCCACCUUCCUGGCUGGCAAGG